CACUGAACAAGAAAAUACCCAUUUGAGGUUUUUGGAGGUUUCACCGGGGCCGGCACUGAGCUUCAGUUCACUUAUUUUCCGCCGGAAAAUAAUCAGAUUUCAUCUUUAGGGCACGUCAAGAGGUUAGUGAGUGAGAUUCAUGAGCUCCAAUUCCAAUGUUUUAUUUCAUCAUUAGAACUAGUUUUGUUCAUGGGAGGCAAACCAUUGCAGCCUCUCAAAGUUCCAAUCUUUUAAUCUUUAAACGAUCAAUUGAUCUUAGAUUAUUCUCCAAUAGCUCAAAUGGACACUCAUUUGCAGCUUCAUACCUUGUAAACAAAUGUGGGUUCUCCCCAGAAAUGGCUUCUUGGGUUUCAAAAUAUGUUCAUUUCGAAACACCAGAAAGGCCUGAUUUACUGUUUGCUUUCCUGGAAAAUCAUGAGUGUUCGAAAACCCAAAUCUUAAAUCUCAUCAAAAGAAGGCCAAGAUUGCUUAUUUAUGAUACUGAGAAAACCCUUUUGCCGAAAUUGGAGUUUUUUUUACUCUAUAGGUUUUUCAAGGCCUGAGCUUACUAAAAUCUUGACUAGCUAUCCUGCAGUUUUGAUAUGUAGUUUAAAGAAACAAAUUAUACCUUCGUUUAAUUUACUGAGGAACUUGUUUCAAUCCGGUGAUAAGACUAUCAAGGAUUCAAAGCUAUAAAACGAUUUGCUGGCAUUCUUGUCUAUGAUUCCGAGUCAUAUUUGUAUCUGAAUAUGAAUGAUUUGAGAGGAAUUGGAGUUCCUGAAUCGAAUAUCCUUACGCUGCUUAACCGUCAGCCUAGAUCGCUUUUGUAUGAUCCGGUUCGGCUUAAGGAGAUUGUGGAGGAAGUCAAAAGAAUGGGGAUUGGUUCUUCGAGGAUGAAGUUUCUUGUUGCGGUUCAAGCUUUCAGAUCAAUGAUCAAAUCCACAUUAGAGAAGAAGAUUGAUGUUUAUAGGAGAUGGGGUUGGUCUGACCAAGAGAUUAACGAAGCUUUGGGGAGGUAUCCGUUGUGUAUGACAGUUUCGGAGGAAAAGACCAUGGCUAUAAUGGAUUUUCUGGUGAACAAAAUGGGCUACAGUUCGACUCUCAUUGCCAAAGAACCGUGUUUAGUAACACGGAGCUUAGAGAAGAGGAUUAUCCCGAGGACAGUGUUUGCUCGAGAAUUGAUAUCACAAGGUUUGGUUAAUGAAUUUAAAUUGUCUACAUUGUUCGAGACAUCGGAAAAGCUGUUCAUUAGAAUGUAUAUUGACCGUUUCGUAAACAAAGCACUCGAGCUCUUGAAGCUUUACAAAGAAAAACUUAAGAUUUCAGAAAAAAAAAAUACAAGUGAGUUAGCGUAGGCUGCAGCAUUAGUAUUUUGUAGGAUGAUGAAGACCAAAGGAAUUGCUUUUGGCGCGUUAAGAUUUGGAUUUUUCCGUGUCAUGUUGCCUUGUUUCAGUUCAUUACUUUGGUCUGAAACUUCUUGUAGUUGGAAUUUGUCAAUGGAAGCAGCCUUGUUUUUGUAGCUGUGUUCCUUUUUCCAUUGAUGAAGCUUAAGCUCAACAUUUUGCUGGACUUGCUGUUAAUUUAAGUCUCAUUGGUUUGAAGUGCAAUAGUGUAAUGAGUUUCAUUGGCAGCCUUAUUAGUGUCUUUUGUUUUUUUUUAGGUCCUCUUUCAUCAUUUGUUCGAUGCUCUAUCUUGCUUUGUGAAAGUCUAAUUGUGGUUCAAAUAUAUAUUUGAAAUGUUAAUUUUAUCGUUUCUUCUUUUCUUGAA